CUUUUUUCGCGCAGUGGCUGAUGGGAGGAAAGAUCAAGAAUCGGUGGUUACGGAAGCCUCGCUCUGGCUUUUUCUAGGACCAUUAUCCUUUUAGAUAACUAAAACCUUAAAUUACAUCUAUUAUAGUUGAUAAACAUAACUGAAUGUUUGUUCCAGUUAAAGGACCCAGAUCCCGCUGCGCUCUGGUUCUCUGUCUGGUUACCUAACGCUGCUCGCUUUUAGCUGCAUUGUUAUUGUUUCUGCUCUCUGAGGGGCCCCCAGCUGGAACGGGGUCCUGAGGGAUGGUUUCUCAUCGGGUUCGGGGAAAUGGAUGAGAGAUCCAACAGCUCCUACCAGCGGCUCUCGGUUUUCCUGUUAAUGCUGCUGGUUUUUGGGGUGUUUACCAUCCAGUAUGCCUGUCCCAGCAGCUCAGAAUGCCAAAUGCUCCAGCAGCUGGGGGAUUGGUUCUCCCUCGGAAGCAGAACCGGGCCCCGAAUCGGCGAUAGUGAAUCCCCCGAUGGGCUCCAGAAGGACCCCUACGUCGCAGAAGACGGCGCUUUGGCCCGAUUUGUCCCUCGCUUCAACUUCAGCAAAGCGGACCUAAAUCGCGCCGUGGACUUUAACAUCAAAGGGGAUGAUGUUAUAGUGUUUCUGCACAUCCAGAAGACUGGAGGCACAACUUUUGGACGACAUCUGGUGCGUAAUAUUCAGCUGGAGAGGCCCUGUGAGUGCCAUGCGGGCCAGAAGAAGUGCACCUGCCUCCGGCCCGGUAAAAAGGAGACCUGGCUCUUCUCUCGGUUCUCCACCGGCUGGAGCUGCGGGCUUCAUGCAGACUGGACUGAGCUGACCAGCUGUGUGCCAUCACGCAUGGACUCCAGAGAGGCCCCGAAAAACCAGCCCAGCAGAAACUAUUACUACAUAACAAUCUUGAGAGAUCCAGUUUCCCGCUACCUGAGUGAGUGGCGUCACGUGCAACGCGGAGCUACUUGGAAGGCCUCCCUCCACGUGUGUGAUGGACGGUCACCAACGCUGUCAGAGCUGCCAGGUUGUUAUUCAGGAGACGACUGGUCGGGUUGCUCCCUGCAAGAGUUCAUGGACUGCCCCUACAAUCUGGCAAACAACCGACAGACCCGCAUGUUGGCGGAUCUAAGUCUGGUGGGGUGCUAUAACGUCUCGGCCAUGAGCGAGGACGAACGCUGGGCAGUGCUUCUAGACAGCGCUAAACACAAUCUAAAAGGGAUGGCCUUUUUCGGCUUAACCGAAUACCAGCGUAAGACCCAGUACCUCUUUGAGAGGACCUUCAACUUGCAGUUCAUCGCACCUUUCACGCAGCUGAACGGGACGCGUGCUUCCAGUGUCGAGGUGCCGCCUGAGACGCAGCAAAGAAUUCGCCAGCUGAACCGAUGGGACAUGGAGCUGUAUGACUAUGCCCGUGACCUUUUCCUGCAGCGUUUCCAGGUGGUGAGACAGCAGGAGCGCAGGGAGGCCAGGGAGCGGCGACAACAGGAGAGGAGGCGGCUCCGUGGACGCUUUUCAUCAAAACAAGAGAGGCGGUUGAAGCCAACUGAAGCGACGCCUUCGACCAGCGCCGAAACACAGGAUCGUCGGAGGGAGAUGGCAGCGGAGGACAGCAUGGAGUCAGAAGUGCUUCUCCCAGACUGGUGGGAUGUUGAUGAGAAUAGCACCAUGGAGGACUACAUAGGAAAUGUGGAACAGUGGUAGCAGCAGGCUGCCUUUAUAGGACGUGUACCAAGAAUUGCCUUGUCAAUUGUUGCUAAUUCAGGUUACUUUUAAUAUAUGCCUUCGUUUGGCCUUUUGUUGUUUUAAAUGUGAAUUUAAUUUAUUUAAACUGCACUUUUUUUCUCAGAACUGACAUUCUGUUUGGAUCCUUUCACAUAAGUAGAACAAAAGACAGGAAUGUUUUAUAUUGUUUUAGAUGAGUCCAGUCUCUAGUAGGAUUUUUUUUUUCAUGUAUUUCAUUGGAAAUUAAGUGAUGCACCUUGGAAGAACAUGCCUUUUUUCUUUUUUUAACACACUACAUUUAUGUGACCAACAAUUUUUACAUUUGCCAAACUGCUGUCUUCAUUAUUAUGUACUUUUUCCUGUUUUUGUUUUUUCUUAACAGCGAAAAAAAUGAACAUUUUUGAUAGUACCUCAAUUUUCGGCAUUGCCUGCUCAUGUUGAUCAAAUAUUGGAGUUUGUGUUUUUUAUUUAUUUUAAUAUAAAUUAAGCUUUAAUAUUCAUCAAACUGCUGCUGUAUUCUUGCCAUAAUUGCAUGCCUUCAUAAGUUUUUUCUGUAGUUGUAAUCCUGGGAUUACCCAGCAGGGGGCGUUAAAGUACCUUUAAUGUCGGUGGUACAUAGACUGUAGAGCUGGACUUGAAUCGCAUAAGAUUUAGCAAAUUUGGAUAAAUAGUAUUCUGCUUCCUUGACUAUUUAAAAGGAUUUAUGAAAGUUUAUAUCAGUCACAGAUUUUCCACUAUAAUAAUUUUUAAAAAAGUGUAGCUUAAUCACUCAACCUACAUUCAUAUUCAUUAAAUUGGAAAAUUGUU